AAAGCCAGGUGGUUUUUAUUAAAAAAGGCAGAAAAUAAAGGAGAAACAAGGUGUAUUCUAUGGGGAUAGAAUAGAACAUGAUAAUAUGGUAUAUAAUCCUUUUUUUUGCGGGAUUUGGGCUUCAAAAACUGCUGAGAUCUCGAUAUAAAAAUAAUCGUAAGAUAUCACAACGAUCUAUAUGUCUUGUUGCACUAGGAGACCUUGGUAGGAGCCCAAGAAUGCAAUACCAUGCUCUUUCAUUCUCAAAACAUGGUUUUGAAGUAAAUCUUGUAGGAUAUCAAGGAUCAUUGUUGUUUCCGAAUAUACAAGAAUCAAAAAAUAUUCAUAUUAUCUAUAUACCUUUUGAGCCGAAAUUUCUUAAUAAAUGUAAUUUAUUACCAUUUCUUUUGAGUGGACCUAUUAAAGUAUUUUUUCAAACAUUUUUCUUAUUUUUUGCCUUGUUUUAUUUACCUCAAUCCACUGAAUACUUAGUUUUACAGAAUCCACCUUCUAUUCCAUCUUUUGGAGUAACUCGUCUUAUAUGUUCGAUGAGAUCAAUUAAAUUAAUUAUUGACUGGCAUAAUCUGGGAUACUCUGUUCUAUCGUUGAAACUGGGGUCUAAACAUAUUUUGACAUUACUUUACAAAUGGUAUGAACGAGUUUUUGGAAAUUGCGCCGACAUUCAUUUCACAGUUUCCUAUGCAAUGACAACUUUUCUUCAAGAAAAAUGGAAAUAUAAAUCGCCGAUCUACACUCUUCAUGACCGACCUCCAAUGCAUUUUAAACCUCUUGAUAACCUGGAGAAAUCAUCAUUUCUCUCUACAUUUGUUCAUACUUAUGAUUUUGAUAUUUCGAAUGAAAAAACAAAACUAUUAGUAUCAUCUACUUCUUGGACAGCUGACGAAGACUUUUCCAUUUUAUUAGAAGCAUUCAUUACUUUUGAUAGAAUGAAUACAAUUCUUAGCAAAAAUCGUGAACCGUUAUCUAUACUUGCAAUUAUUACUGGUAAAGGUCCUUUAAGAAAAUUUUAUGAACAAAAAAUUAAAAACUUAAAUUUAAAAUAUGUCAAGAUCGUCACUGCAUGGCUAGAUGCUAAAGAUUAUCCCCGAUUUAUAGGUAGCGCGGACUUAGGAAUAUGUCUUCAUACUAGUUCUAGUGGUUUAGAUUUACCAAUGAAAAUAGUAGAUAUGUUUGGUUGCGGGAUUCCUGUCUGUGCUAUAGAAUCUCCAGCUCUUCCUGAACUUGUAAAAGACGGUAAAAAUGGGAUUAUUUUUAGUUCUUCAAACCAGCUAGCAAACUCUUUAAAGAAACUGUUUUAUUCACAUGAGGAAUUAGCAAAAUUAAAAAAAGGUGCAAUGGAAGAAACUCGUUAUCGUUGGCAUAAUGAAUGGGACGCAAAAAUAGCGCCAUUGUUUAAAAAACCUUAAUAUAUAUCUAAUAAUGUAUCAUAACCAUAUUCUCAUUUAAUCCA